AUGGCUGUAAGGAAUCAAAUAGCCAAUCAAUCCACAGUGAAAGAGUUCCUUCUAAUAACAUUUUCUGAUCACCAUGACAUGCAAAUUUUGCAUUUUGUGAUUUUCCUCUCCACUUAUUUCUUAGCUGUCAUUGGGAACUGUCUCAUUGUCUUAGCUGUGGCCCUAAAUCAUCACCUCCAUACCCCCAUGUACUUCUUCUUAGUGAACUUAUCACUGAUUGAUACCUGCGUCAUCUCUACCACUGUCCCCAAAUCAAUGGCCAUUUCCUUGACAAACAACAAACAUAUUUCUUUCUCUGGAUGUGUCUCACAGAUCUUCUUUGUUGUCAUGUGUGUCACUGCUGAGCUUGCUAUCCUCGCUGUUAUGGCCUAUGACCGCUAUGUAGCCAUCUGCCAUCCUCUACAGUACAGACUAAUCAUGAGUUGGGAUGCCUGUGCUCAGAUGGCAGUUGCUUCUUGGAUAAGCAGUGUGUUGCAUGCAGUAUUAGAAACUGGUGUCACGUUUAGGUUAAACUUCUGUGGGUCCAAUAUUAUUGCACAAUUUUUCUGCGACAUCCCUCAACUACAAAAGAUCUCUUGCACUGAUACAAAAGUUAAUGAACAACUGAUUCUUGUUCUUGGGCUGAUUGUGGACUCCUUUAUGUUUGUAUUCAUCUUUGUUUCCUAUGGCUACAUCUUCUCUACGGUACUGAAGAUUCCAUCUGUUCAAGGCAGACACAAAGCCUUCUCCACUUGCACUCCCCACUUGACUGUCUUUUCUUUAUUUAUCAUCACUGGUGUUUUUUCCUACAUGAGGCCCAAAGCACUUUCCUCUCCAACUCUGGAUUUGAUCUCUGCUGUUGUGUAUACUGUUUUGCCACCACUCCUGAAUCCAAUCAUUUAUAGCCUCAGGAACAAGGAUAUCCAAGAGGGCAUGUGGAAAAUACCCCUCCAAAUUAAGAAACUAAUUGCAUGAUUUCUUAAG